AUGGUGGUGAUGAGAUUCAUCCUGGUAAAAUUGUCUGGACAAUUGCAGGAGAGUUGCUAUUCAUUAAACAUUACAGUGACAAAUGGACAGGGUCUGAGUACAUCGAGGACAGUGAUAAUCAAUAUCAUAAAUAUCAAUGAUCAAUCACCUUACUUUACCAUAACAAAAACAGUUUUCAGGAUUAAAGAAGAAGAAAAGAUAGGAACCAUUGUUACCACAAUAACGGCUGUGGAUCCAGAUGGAGAAUUCUUUAGUAACAGCCUCCGCUACAGCAUUACUGCUCCUCAAGGGAUUCCUUAUUUCUCGAUAAAUCCAGACAAUGGUGUUAUACAAGUGGCCAGAAGGAUAGAUCGAGAUAUCGGACCAUUAAACCAACAUCCCAAUAUUUCUUUGGAGAUUCAUGUUGAGGAUAGUCCUAGCAAUGGACGAAGUAACAGCACUACAGUUGUUAUAAGCACUGAAGACAUUAAUGACCACCCACCAGAAUGCCAGAGAUAUACUUACAGAGAACAAUUUUCUGAAACAAUCAGCAUAGGAACGGUUAUUGUGGACUUGAAAAAUGUCUGCUGGGACCAUGAUGCUGUGGCGCCAAACAACCUGUUUAAUUUCACUGGACUGUCAGGAGUAGGAAGUUACAAAUUUGCACAGAACCCACCUGGCUCUGGAAGAAUUGAGCUGGUGGGAAAUGUGGAUCUUGAAAAUGAAACUGGUGGAGCAGAGAAGGACUAUAUUCUGAACAUUGUGGUGCAAGAUAUUGUUUGGCCUUUCUAUCGUAAUAAUAUCUACAUUUUUGUUAGAAUACUCCCUGUCAAUGAGUUUGAACCAGUCUUCAGUAGCCCUUCAUAUGUAUUCAAUGCAUCAGAAAUACUAGCAGUGAUGUCCAAAAUUGGAACAGUGACUGCAACAGAUGAGGAUAUACCCUCUACUGGAAUAUCAUAUUCGAUUGUGGAUGGAGGAGGCACCUUGGAUUAUUCUGAAAUAUUCUGGAUUGAUCCUGAGGAGGGCACUGUACAAAUUGUUGCUCAGUUAGACUAUGAAAUAACUAAGAGGUAUCUUCUCACCAUACAGGCUUCUGACAAUGAGCACAAGACACAGACUGCACAAGUAACAGUGAAUGUUCUUGAAGCAAAUGAUGAAAAGCCAGUUUGCUCACCCAGUUCACAUUUGCUGGAGGUUCCCGUGGACCUGACUCCUGGCACCAACAUCAACGGUCUCUAUAUAUCAUGUGUCGAUCGGGAUUCAAGUCCCAGAUCUUUCCGUUACUCUAUCAACUCAGGUAAUGUGAAUAACCACUUCACUUUUUCGCCAAGCGCCGGCUCUGGUAUCUCACGGCUGAUUCUUGUUUCCCCAUUUGAUUAUGAAAGAGGACUGGAUACAGUCUGGGAAUAUAGGCUGGAAGUUUUCAUAACAGAUGAUAAUUUGUUAUCAGUGGAAAACAGCUCUACUGCCCUUGUUCAGACGGGUACAGUGACAUUAACCGUCAAAGUCAUUCCAAAUCCAACCACUGUGGUCCCAACAACACCUGGUGUUACCCUUGUGACGAGUAGAGAAAAUGUCUAUGUUGUUUCGGCUUGGUAUGUGCCCUUCAUCAUUUGUCUCGGCAUUUUGCUCCUCCUUGGACUUCUUGGUUAUCUGACCUUCUUGCUGGCAAGAUAUAUCCGCACCCACUGCCAGCCAAAGCCCAAACAAGACAAAAAGCCACUAAUAAAGACACGAGAGAAGAAGAGAGUUAAGAAAGAAGAAGUUUGGGAGAUGACCAAUGUAAACACUGUUUUUGAUGGAGAAGCGAGAGAUCCAGUCACUGGCCACUUGUAUGAAUUUAAUUCAAAGUCUGGGGCUCGUAGAUGGAAAAACACGAAUGUGCCUCCUGAAUCUGAAGCAAAGGAUCCAGUGGCACAGCCGAUUAUCGUGGGUAACAAUUCUAAUUCAGAUGGCAAGUUUGGAGUGCAGUCCAUUGCAAUGAAGGAGAGUAUGAGUGACUUGAGUAAUUUCCAGCCACAAGGAGAGUAUGAGUGA